AUGGUAGCUUGGGCCAGUGUGGCAGCAAAGAAGGUAGAGAAAGAUAACCCACUUGGAUGUGUUUUGAAGGUUUGGCUAACAGUACUCUGGCUUUCAAAGAAAGAAAAAAAUUUAAAGUCUCUGUUCCCUUUCAAAAAAAUCAAAUCAACAAAAAACAAAGACAGGAAAUCAAGCGUCAUGAGUUCAGAUACAGAUAUAAACAGAAGUGCCUCCUGGACUGCAGAGGAACAGCCAGAUGAACCUGAUGGCCCCCUUCCUGGCUCAGCCAAUGACCAAGAAAACAAAGUAAGAUUAUCUCCAGCCAAAAUGUCAACCAAGAAUACUACAGAUUUAGUUGAAUAUGUUCACAAGGGUCAUUCUUUUCUUCCUGUCAUUCCAAACACCCAGAGAAAUCAGCUAGAAGACAGGCUGAGCACCCAGGAGCGCACCAUAGCUUUUCUCCUGGAACAAGCCUCCCGCAUCAAGGAGGACAUCUCUGCCUGUCUUAAUGGGACCCAAGGCUUUCGAAAAGAGGAGUUGCUUGCCAGGAAGCUACUGGAGAACCAUAUCCAGACCAUCACCAGCAUUGUCAAAAAACUCAGCCAAAACAUUGAGAUCUUAGAAGACCAAAUAAGAGUUCGAGACCAGGCAGUCACAGGAACAAAUUUUGCAGUGCAAGAGCUAAACAACAGACACCUUCAAGGAAUUGGAGACCUUCGAGGAAGAGUAGCCAGAUGUGAUGCCAGCAUUGUGAGUCUUUCUGGAGACAUUCAUUUCAUCAGGCAGGAGCACCGGCAAAUUGAAAAAACAGUUCAAGAGCUCAUGUCUUCCCUAGAAUCUAUUUAUAAGGACUUGGAUAUGAAGGUAACACAGCUCUUAGGAAAGAUAGAGGCUUCCAGUUCUGAACAAACCUCAAAUUUAAAGAUGGUCCAGGGGGAUUAUCGCCUUGAAAUGAACCUUUUGGAGUUCAAAUUUAAUUCACUAGCAAAUAAUCUGUAUGAGGAAGUUGAGAAAAAUCAAAAAAGGACAGAAAGCCUGUUCGCCAAAUACGAAAAAGAGCAGCUGGGCCAAAUAAACUCCUAUCUGAAGCUCCUGCAGGAGAAACUGGAAAAGUCUGAAAAUAAAAUGGAAGAGAAAAUACGGCAGCUUUCAAGCAAAUUAGAGAAUUUCAUUAACACACACAAACAGGAUACAGAACUAAGCAAAGUAAAGCAUAUAGAAAAUAAACUGUGGAAAAAGAUGAAUCAACUGGAAAAGCACUUCUGGGCUGAAUUAGAGAAAAUGCAGAAUGAAUAUCAAUCAGGAUUUAAAUCAAUUCAUGACUCUCUCAGCUCCCUCCAACAAAUACAGAAAACAAAGGUGGAUUUAGAGAUACAUAAAGUACAAAAGGACCUAAAGAAAUUACAACGUAAGAUAGUGGAACUCCAGGAAGUAUAG